UGAAUAUGUAGAUUAAGCGAGGUAUGGCUAUUGUCUUUAAACGAGAUGCACGCCCCUGACACAGCCUUGUUGGCAUUGCAUACAUAGUAUCCUUGAAGAAGACCGUGAUCCAAGGUCGCCAAUUUUUUUUUAUCAUUGCAGGAACCUCAACCCAUAAUGAUAGACAAUCUGAUAGACAAUCCCUGGCUUUCUAUGGCCACGGCCCGAUUCGUAUCGCAGCAGGAAGGCCAGCAAUCGAAAAAGCACUCCAAGUCAAGCAAGCAGUCAAUCAUACAAGGUCUCAACCACCUUUACGCCCCACAUGACUUUGACAAAAAUCCAAACUACGUCGACAUCAUUGCCGUGCCCGGCCUCGGGUCGGAUAUGACAUAUACAUGGGUAUCGAAAGGCGUGCACUGGUUGCGUGACGAAUCCAUGCUGCGAAAGACCAUCCCUAAGGCAAGAAUAUCUGUCUUUGGCUAUCGGUCCCAAUGGUACGGAAAAGAUGCCGUAGAGAAUCGGCUGUCGACAAUCAGUCGCGAUCUUCUCGAUGCAAUCAAGAUGAAUCGACGCGAAUCCAAAUACAAAGACAGACCCAUUGUCUUUAUUGGACAUAGUCUCGGCGGGCUGGUCGUAUCGAAGGCUGUUACAACAGCAAAACGAGAGGCCGACAGCUUCAAAGGAGUCAUCGAUUGUAUCACGGCCUGUGUUUUUUUGGGAACGCCCUUCCGUGGCUCCGGGGCCCAGCAUUUGGCAAAAAUCAUCGGGAUGGCGGGCAGUGCCGUGGGACAAGCCAGCGAUAAUGAUCUAAUCCGAACGCUGAAGCCCAACUCCCAAGAGCUUCUUGAAUUGGCGGAUGAAUUCCUCGCGGAUGUGGGCAAGGUACAGAUCGAUGUGGUGUGCUACUUUGAGUUGGAGAAAACAAACGGGAUGAUUAUCGCCGACGAGAAAUCGUCGACCUUUGAAGGCAAGCCUCGAUAUUCCUGGGCUCGCACGCAUUCGCAAAUGAACAAGUUCGACGGGCCCAAGGACGGACAUUACCGCCAGUUAUCUGGAACCCUCAAAGAAUUUGCCAACCAGUCUUUCAAGAAAAUUAAGCUGCGACGGGAUGGUGAGUGUGCCUCGUAAAUUGUCCUCUGUGUAUUUAAUGAGCUUGCUACUAAAGAUAUUAAUUAUUUACAGCCGUCAAGCGAGAAAUGGUGGAUGAUGGCCAUGUGGAAAAAGUCCUGGAUGCCUUAGAAGUAAUUAACCCUAAAAAGGACCUGGAAACGAUUCGCCGUAGUAGGGGAUUCGAGAGAGGAAUAACAUCUUCAUGGAUCCAAAUGAGCCAGCAGUAUAUGUCAUGGAGGGAUGAGGACUGCUCUCACAAUGUCUGGAUUUGCGGUGGUGCUGGCAAAGGCAAGACCAUGGCUGCAAUGGCGAUGGUCGAAGACCUAGGCUGUCAAGCUGGGCGAGAGCCCGAAUCAAUGACAAUGGGGUAUUUCUUCUGCGAUGAGCACGACAAGGACAAGAGUAAUG